CUUUUUUUUGUACCUGCUUGUUUUCAAGCCAUGGAGUCUGGGACUCAAACUGUGCAGUCAUCCAUGUGGGAUCCAGCCACCACUGUGCCACCAGCUGGCCUUAGAAGAGUGUUUCUUAAGCUAUAGUAGGGUGGCCUGGAGGAACUGGUGGAAGAGCUCAGCAGCGGGAAGGUGAUGUAUGCAUUCUGCAGAGUGAAGGACCCCAACUCCGGCCUGCCCAAGUUCGUCCUUAUCAAUUGGACAGGUGAGGGUGUGAACGACGUGCGGAAGGGAGUAUGCGCCAACCAUGUCAGCACCAUGGCCAACUUCCUGAAGGGAGCCCAUGUGACCAUCAAUGCACGGGCCGAGGAGGACGUGGAGCCCGAGUCCAUCAUGCAGAAGGUAGCAAAGGCCUCUGGCGCUAACUACAGCUUCCACAAGGAGGGCAGCCGCUUCCAAGACACGGGGCCCCAGGCCCCUGUGGGCUCUGUGUAUCAGAAGACUAAUGCUGUCUCAGAGAUCAAGAGAGUCGGCAAAGACAGCUUCUGGGCCAAAGCAGAGAAGGAGGAAGAGAACCGCCGGCUGGAGGAGAGGCGGCGUGCAGAAGAGGAGCAGAGGCGGCUGGAACAAGAGCGCCAGGAGCGGGAGCUGCGAGAGGCUGCACAGCGAGAGCAGCGCUAUCGGGAGCAGAGUGCCCGCAGGCCAGAGCAGCAGCAGCAGGAUGUGAUUCCAGGGGGCCGCACAGAACAGGAGCCUGCUGGCCAGCGGGCUGUGCACCCAAGGGAAGUUUUCCAGCAGAAGGAGAGGGCCAUGUCUACCACCUCUGUCCCCAGCCCACAACCAGGCAAGCUGAGGAGUCCCUUCCUGCAGAAGCAACUCACACAGCCAGAGGCACCCAGCACCAGAGAGCCGGCUCCAACUCCCAUCAUCUCAGGGCCUAGAGCAGAUCUCUGUGAGGGGCCAGCAUCCAGCGCCACUCCAUAUCUGGUCCAGGCAGAAGAAGAGACCGUGUAUGAGGAGUCCCCAGAGCAGGAGGCUCUCUAUGAGGAGCCCCCAGAGCAGGAGACCCUUUAUGAGGAGGCUCCUCAGGUGGGUCUCCACAAGUGGGAGGGCAGAACUGCGAAGACUCAGGUGCAGCAGCCAGGGACCGGAUCUGAGCAGGUCAACCCCCAUACAGAGGGCCGGGUGUUCGGUGGGCAAGGACUCUGUGCCCGGGCCCUGUAUGACUACCAGGCAGCUGACGACACAGAGAUCUCCUUUGACCCUGAGAACCUCAUCACAGGCAUCGAGGUGAUCGACGAGGGCUGGUGGCGUGGCUACGGGCCGGAUGGCCACUUUGGCAUGUUCCCUGCCAACUAUGUGGAGCUCCUUGAGUGAGGCCAAGGCCUACCUUCCAACCCACCCAGAUGGCCCCUAGCUGCUGGGUUAGGGGGCCCAUCAAGAGCCCAUACGCUGUGAAGGGCACCCAUGAGGACAAGUCCCUGGGACUCCCCGGGCUUGGGUGGCUUGGCCUCUGACACCCAAAUGCAGCAAUAACCUGGUGAUUCCCCAACAUGUUCCCUGUAGCCACCCAGAUCCUCCCUCCAGCCUGGGCCUGACCUCAUGGCCACAUCGGCAGGGGGCAUGGAGCUGAGUGAGGUCAUCUGGAGGCUGCUUCUGAAUUUGCCUUUCUUUCCUGCUCUUGCUUCUAUGGAGUGGUGUCUACAGCUGUUCAGAACAACCAUUGGGCACAGGGAGCUCCCGAGGGUGGUUUUGGGUAGAGCUUAUGACCAAGCCUGAGUGGACACAGACAGUGUGGGCAACAGGGGUCAUCUCAUUGGCCCCUGCUCAUGGUUGUCCACCUUCUUAGGCUAUGGGAAGUGCUUGGGCUGUGGGAAGUGGAUUCAGUGACCCAGCCCCCCACCUUUGCGUGUGUGAAAACAGCAGACAUGAUGUGCCUUCGUGUGGCUCACUCAGUGCUUGCCAGCUGUCCCACAGAGUGAUCCUGGCUUCAAUCCCCCAUUCUCUGUCCCAGCCCUUUGUGUCCUGAGGAAUAGGUCUGCUUUUAUGCUGAGAUUCCCCAUGGUCUACUUGAGCCCUUGGCCCAGCCCUGCCCUACUCAGUGGUCCCAGGUGGAAACAAACACCCUGCCUGGGAUAAGCACAUGUGUGCCUAUGUGUGUGCAUACCCAAAUGCAUCCUCAAGCCUUAGCGCCAAUGAUCAGCCACCUGGGAAAGGCAUGGAUAUUUGGGUGUGGUUACAGCCAGAACCUUCCUGUGUUUCCAUUCUGGAAGAGGUCAGGGGUUGCCCUGUUCCCUAUCUUGAGCUUCCGCCCAUGUGCACUGUGUGUGUGUGGAGUGAGGUUCCUGGUGCCCUCCAAAUCUGGGAACUAGGUCCCUCUGGUGCCCCAGGAGCUAGACAGAUAAAUGUGACUCCUAUCCUCCCCUGAUGGUGGUGGCCCAAAGAAAAGCUGCACCAAGGGCAGCACACCCUCCUCUCAUGAAGAUUGCAGGCCUGCCUAGCUUUGAGGCCCCCUGAGACUUGUCUGUCCCCAGCCAGGAAGUGAGACUUGGUGCCCUCUAAAGACAGCUGGGUGGGAAGUGAUGGUGUCCUGGCUAUGGUCUUUCCCCCAUGGGGAUAGCCACAUCACUGGACUCUGCCCUAAGUGGCCCCACACACUGGUUCCAGAGCCUGGUAUCAAGUGGCCCUGAGCUUCAGGCUCACAGUCCCUUGCCCCUGGAGUCUCCACAGCUAAUGGUACCCACACUGGACUUGAGAUGGUGGGAGGAGGUGCCUUUAUUGCCCUGAGGGCCAUCCCUCUCACUUGGCCUUGCCUUGGGCAGCCACAGCCUCCAUGGCCUUCCGUACUGUCUCCUCGUCACCCAGGAAGCGCAUUGGCUUGGUGGGCUUCAGUGCCUGGUCCAGCUCGUACACGAUGGGAAUCCCCGUGGGCAGAUUCAACUCCAUGAUGGCCUGGUCUGACAUCCCUGAACCAGAAGAACAGUCAUUCUUAGUCCCUUCACCCCCAGCCCAUCCAGGCAGAUGCUGACCUUUAUGGGCCAGAGUCAGUACCCCAGACACCAGCUCUCCUGGCUAAGAACAAGGCUACAAAGUAAACCUAAAGGUCAGAGUAAAACCACCCUGGACUAAGCAGCCUCCAGAAAUAGCCCUGCGGUGAGCAAGGGCCUUAUGUGGCCAAGCCACUAUCCAUGCCUGCAGGUGCUGCCCAUGAUCUUGGCCCAAUAUAACACCUGGUCAGGCUGAAGUAGGGGGUCAGGAAGAACACUCAUGAAGGUUUCUAGAGAGUUCUAGAUACCCCAGGCAAGAGGUGGUGAGACAGCUAGGUGGUGGGAAGUAGUGCCUGCUGGAAACCCGAGCCCUGUGCCUGCUGUGCUGGGAAUAGCAGUUCGACCUUUGGGAUGUGCCUGCCUGGCCUCCGUGCAGGAGUUUGAAAGCCAGGGACACCCAGACUCCCACUGAAAUGCCCUACAGGGCCACCCCCUGGUUUGGGCCACACCCGAUGGUGCCCAAGGGUUCCUCUAGUCCAUGUAACAGGCCUGACCCCAGAGGCCUAUUUGUUACCCCUCCUUGCCUAGUGGGAACCUACCCUCAACUGUGAAAGCCUGGCUGCUCCCAGCCUCAUUACCUCAUUACCCCUCUGGACUGGUCUUGCCUCUGCCUGGGAAGGGCAGUGAUGGGGCAGGAGCUGAGCGCUACUGGGGGUUGGGGAGGAAGCAGGUUCAAUCCACACCCAGCGGCAGCCAGGCCAGAGGCAUUUAUAGCUGUGUGCAUGUGUGCAUAGUCUGGCCUUUUAACUGGCCAGGUCCCCGUGGGUAGCAUGCCAGCCUCAGCCUGCCUGCCUGUGGUCAGGGGGUGCUCCCUGAGUGGCUUGGUCUCUGGUUGUGCAGGCUUAGCCCCUGUUGCCUUUGUAGGAAGCCCAUUUUGCUUAGAGUCUAGUGCAUGCAUAAAACAAAGUUUUCACA